AUAUGCCCAGUGCUUGUAAAAGGUAACAGGAGAGAUGUCGAGGAAAGGGAUCUUAUAGUGCCCGCAAAAAAAUUUGAUUCAGAUCGCACCGGUGAUCGUUUGGAAAGAUGUUGGAAUGAAGAACAACAGAGAGCACAGCAAGAAAACAGAAAAGCAUCGCUAUGGACUGCGGUACGCAAAGCGUACUGGCUAGCAUAUAUGCCUGGUGGGUUCUUUGUGGGUGUCAUAGCUAUUGCCAGGACAGCACAACCCCUUCUGUUCUCGAACUUGCUUCAGUAUUGGUCUGUAAAUACAGAGAUGACACAGUUGGACGCGGUGUACUACGCCCUGGCCAUGCUUGGACUGAACUUCGUGACUAUGAUGUGCCAGCAUCAUAAUUCUCUGUUUGUACUAGGAUUUUCCAUGCGGGUCAAAGUUGCUUGCUCCUCGCUCUUGUUUAGAAAGUUAUUGCGGACAAGUCAAGUGAGUAUUGGAGACGUAGCUGCCGGAAAGUUGGUAAAUCUACUCUCAAACGAUGUAGCGAGAUUUGAUUAUGCGUUCAUGUUCCUGCAUUACAUUUGGGUAGUGCCAUUACAAGCCGGUGUAGUGCUGUAUUUCUUGUAUGAUGCCGCGGGGUAUGCGCCAUAUGUCGGCUUAUUCAGCGUGGUCAUACUAAUCUUCCCGCUACAAGCCGUUCUCACAAAAUUGACAGCGGUUAUUAGGCGAGAAUGUGCUAAGAGAACUGACAAAAGAAUCAAACUUAUGAGUGAAAUUAUUAAUGGUAUUCAAGUAAUAAAAAUGUACGCCUGGGAGAAGCCGUUCCAGCUGGUGGUAAAUGCAGCUCGUGCGUUUGAGAUGGGCUCUUUAAGGAAGUCGAUGUUUGUUCGCAGCAUGUUUUUGGGAUUCAUGCUGUAUACAGAGAGGACCAUUCUCUUUGUUACUACCUUGACCAUGAUCCUGACGGGCACAAUGGUGACCGCAGCUACAAUUUAUCCAAUCCAACAGUACUUCAGUAUAAUACAGAUAAAUCUAACCAUGAUCUUGCCUUUGGCCAUCGCCAGUCUAUCCGAGAUGUUUGUCUCGCUGGAACGUAUUCAAGGUUUCUUGGAGUUAGAAGAAAGAGAAGACCUAAUGCUAUUACCGAAGGCCAAUGGUGUGGCUAGUCAUUUGACUUUUAAUUCAAAGAAGCAAGAGGAUCCUUCGCACAUAGUACCCAAAAAAUUUUCUCAAGAUGACGAUACGACCAAAGGUCUGGCCGCUGAAUUAAUAGCCAGCCCACGGAAGUCAAUCAACGAGUAUGCCAUAGAGAUAUCAAACCUGAGCGCCUCAUGGACCAAUUCAACGGAUCCUUCGGAAAUGACGCUUAAAGAUUUGAGUCUGCGUGUACGCAGGGGAAAGCUCUGUGCUAUCAUUGGCCCAGUUGGAUCUGGAAAGACGUCACUUCUGCAAGCGAUUCUGAAGGAGUUGCCGUUAGCUAAAGGGAGCUUCCAGGUCAAUGGGAUCAUGUCAUAUGCCUGCCAAGAAUCGUGGCUUUUCCCGGCCACUGUCAGAGAAAACAUCCUUUUCGGUUUACCAUACGAUGCACAAAAGUACAAGGAGGUCUGCAGAAUAUGUUGUCUACUCCCCGACUUUAAACAGUUUCCCUACGGAGAUUUGUCACUGGUGGGAGAACGGGGAGUAUCUCUAUCUGGUGGUCAGAAAGCGAGAAUCAAUUUGGCUAGAGCAGUCUAUCGUCCGGCAGACAUAUAUCUCCUAGAUGACCCGUUGUCAGCGGUGGACGCAAACGUGGGCAGGCAGCUAUUCGAAGGUUGCAUUAACGGUUACCUAAAAGGGCGCACCUGCAUCCUGGUUACGCAUCAGAUACACUUCCUCAAGGCUGCCGACUAUAUUGUUGUUCUUAAAGAGGGUGCCAUAGAAGAUAUUGGUACUUAUGACGAAUUGAUGAAAUCAGAAAAACAGUUUACAGCGCUUCUAUCUGACUCAAGUGCCACCGAAAAGCAGACUAAAGAUACAAUUGAACGAAGACCAUCACUGCAAAGAGGUGUUUCAGUGAAGAGCGAUGAAUUCUCCGAAGAUGAGAAAGAACAAAUACAGGAGGCGGAGGAAAGGGCUCAAGGGAGUUUGAAAUUCGAGGUGGUGGUGAAGUACCUUAGCUCUGUGCAGUCUUGGUGCAUGGUUUUCGGAGUGUUGCUAGCCUUGUUUGUAUCGCAGGGAGCAGCCACCGCUUCCGACUAUUGGCUGAGUUACUGGACCAAUCAAGUGAAUUCAUAUAUCAACGAUAAUCAAAGGGAGCCUGAAACCGAUUUGGACUAUGAAGUGGGUAAUUUAACUAUAGGGCAAUAUCUUUUAAUAUACGGCUGCCUGAUAGUAUCAAUUAUAAUAUUCCUGCAUGUGAGGAUUGGUAUCUUUGUCGCAACAACAAUGAGGGCAUCGCAGAAUAUGCACAACUAUGUAUUCAAGAAUUUGAUUGCUGCAUGCAUGAAAUUUUUCGACACGAAUCCUUCUGGUCGCGUAUUGAACAGAUUUUCAAAGGACUUGGGAGCGAUGGAUGAAUUACUUCCUAGAAGUUUACUUGAGUGCAUUCAAAUGUACCUGGGUAUGACAAGUAUAUUGAUCUUGAAUGCAAUUGCUCUCCCUUGGACGUUGAUACCCACAUUCGUGCUUAUUGUGAUAUUUAUUACUUUGUUGAAGUGGUAUUUAAAUGCCGCUCAGGCCGUGAAGAGAUUGGAAGGCACAACUAAGAGUCCCGUGUUUGGUAUGAUCAAUUCUACAAUUUCGGGACUGUCCACCAUAAGGAGUAGUAACUCCCAGGAUAGACUUCUUAAAACAUUUGACGAAGCUCAGAAUUUAAACACUAGUGCUUUUUACACAUUCAUUGGAGGAUCUUCUGCCUUUGGCAUGUACCUGGACGGCCUGUGUCUUAUUUAUCUUGCAGUUAUUUUAACUAUUUUUAUCUUGAUUGACUUUGGCGACCUUAUUCCAGUAGGCAGUAUAGGUCUUGCCGUGAGCCAGUCUAUGGUUCUCACCAUGUUGCUGCAGAUGGCUGCAAGAUUGACCGCCGACUUCCUUGCGCAGAUGACUUCUGUUGAGAGAGUUUUGGAGUAUACCAAUCUACCCUUUGAAAAUAAUAUGGAUCAUGGAGCAAUACAACCAUCGAAAGACUGGCCCACACAAGGAACAGUCAAAUUUGAAAAAGUGUUCAUGCAAUACGGUGUUAACGACCCUCCUGUGCUUAAGAAUCUUAACUUUGAGAUACAGAAUGGUUGGAAGGUGGGUGUAGUGGGCAGGACAGGAGCUGGUAAAUCUUCCCUAAUAUCAGCGUUGUUCCGAUUAUACGACCUUGAGGGCACCAUCCUAAUAGACGGGGUUGAUACGAAUGCAAUCGCCAAACAGGAGCUGCGAUCAAAGAUAUCAAUUAUUCCUCAAGAGCCGGUGUUGUUCUCUGCCAGUGUGCGAUAUAAUUUGGACCCGUUCAAUACGUACAGUGAUGACGAUCUUUGGAGGGCGUUAGAGCAGGUGGAGCUAAAAGAAGCAAUAUCAGCGUUAGACUUCCAAGUUUCCGAGGGUGGAACCAAUUUCUCCGUAGGACAACGGCAGCUGGUAUGCCUUGCGCGUGCGGUGCUGCGUUCGAACAAAAUACUUGUCAUGGACGAGGCCACAGCUAAUGUCGAUCCUCAGACUGAUGCUCUGAUUCAGAAAACGAUCCGUCGUGAAUUCACAGCGUGCACCGUGAUCACAAUUGCUCACAGAUUAAACACUAUCAUGGAUUCAGAUAGGGUACUAGUUAUGGACAAAGGGGAAGUCGUAGAGUUCGAUCAGCCACACAUUCUACUUUCCAAUCCUGACAGUAAAUUUAGCUCCAUGGUCAAAGAAACAGGAGAAAAGCUUAGCAAGGUUUUACAUGAAAUGGCUAAGACAAAGUAUGACAGCGAUAAUAAAAUAGCCUGAAACCUACAUCGAUUUUGAUUUUGAUUAACUUCCGGAAUAGCCAUUUUUCUUAUCGCGUGUCUUGUUGAUUAAUCGUCGCUGUUGUAGAAGUAAGUAGUAGUAAGAAAUUCAACAUUAUUAUCAUUUUACCUACAUAUUGAGAGGUCCCAGACACAACCCAAUAAGUAUGUUAAUUUUCGUAAUAUUAGAUUUCUGUACACUAGCCAAAUUCGAUAUAGAAUGUUUGAUAAUAAAACUUUGCCAGGCCAGCAAUGACGGCAGGUGUAAAGGAUAUUUUUGCGAAAUCUUGCUCGUUAACUAGCUCUGCCCGCGGCCUGCUCGUGUAAUUAGAAUAUAAAUAAGCAAGUAGGUAAUGUAGAAGUAAUACUUAUUUUUAUGAAUAAAAUAUUUAAGUUUUCUAUAACUACCUAUUAUUACUUCCUGCUAGAUAGGUGAUGGUAGAUGUGAAGACAAAAUUGUAAGAAUUUAUUUUGUACUAAUUUACUACGUAACUCAUGUAGUGAAUUUCCAAUUCUGAACUUAAAUUUCUAAUCGAACUAGAAAUGUUUGCAAUCACUCCCUUCAAAUAAUAAAAAUAAUUAGGGAUGACAAAAAUGUGAAAGUAGUUAUUAACUGGUAAUUAUUAUGUUGAUCUCAAAUCACUACCUAGCGAUUCGUUACUUCUAUUGCACAAAAUUCAUCACAGAUAUGUCUUCAGGUAUAUCAAUAACCUA